AUGCUGAUGCAGCUCUGUAGUAUCAAGAACUUGUACCAGACUCGCCUUCUAGGCCUAGCGGCCAUGGCCUCUCCGACCCGCAGCAACCAAAGCCGUCAGCGCUGUAAAGAUCGGCACAGCUAUGGCCCAGAUACCUAUGCUGUUAGCGGUCUGAACCAAGAAGCCUUCAUGUUGGGGUUGUCACGGUCAACCAGUGACACUGAUCUGGUCUCCCCAGACACUCGCUCCACCCUCACUGUAAGCUCUUCUCACUAUACCAUAGGCCAGUCUGAAGACCUAGUGAUUGCGUGGGACAUCAAGGAGGAAGUGGAUGCUGGGGACUGGAUUGGAAUGUAUCUUGUUGAUGAGCCUUUAUCCGAGAAUUUUUUGGAUUAUAAGAACAGAGGAAUCAAUGGAUCUCACAAGGGGCAAAUAGUUUGGAAAAUCGACUGCAGUUCUCACUUCAGUGACUCUGAGACAUUGGUCUGCUUCAAGUAUUACCAUGGUGUCACCGGAGCACUGAGGGCAACGACACCCAGUCUAACUAUCAAAAAAGGACCAGUUUCUGUGUUAAAGCCAGUUGUGAGUCCUGAGGUCAACCAAGGAGGAGGCAACAGGAGACUCAUUAACUUUUCACUGUCAGAUCUCCAAGCAGUUGGUUUGAAGAAGGGGAUGUUCUUUAAUCCAGACCCUUACCUCAAGCUUUCCAUUCAGCCUGGAAAGCAUAGCAUUUUCCCUUCGUUGCCACACCAUGGUCAAGAGAAACGCUCUGGUGUUGUUUGCAAUACAGUCAACCCUCAAUGGAAUUCAGAGAGGUUUAACUUUUUAUCGCUACCCACGGAUGUUCUGGAGAUCGAGGUGAAAGACAAGUUUGCCAAGAGUCGGCCUAUCAUCAAGCGCUUCCUAGGGAAGCUUUCUGUGCCUGUCCAGAGGCUCCUGGAAAAACAUGCUAUUGGGGACCGGGUCAUUAGUUAUUCCCUAGGCCGCAGGCUGCCAACAGAUCACGUAUGUGGACAUUUGCAGUUCCGAUUUGAGCUCACCUCCUCAAUUCAUCCAGAUGAUGAGGAAGUUUCGUUGGUCAUAGAAUCAGCUUGCACAGAUGGAAGAGUCAACCUUGAUGCCAACAAUGCUGGUGAUGCACCAGAUGAUGACACGUUAAGCGUAGGACAUGAUAUGCCCGACCUGCCUUUGGAUGUACCCCCUGCCCCUGAGACCCCAAUCCCCCCCACCUUAGCAGCCGAGGAGACUCAAGCUAGUGAGACAAUGGCGCUCGAGGCAUCACCAGAGGUUGUAAUGGAAGAAGAGCAGACAGUGAUAGAGGAACCACAUGCUCCUGAGCCCCAGGUGGAGAGUGGAGAUGAAGAAUUGGUCGACAACACUGUAACAACAGUUGUUGGGGGUGAAUCAGAAGUGGAGCAGCAGGAGGAAGAAGAAGCACAGACAGAAAAAAAUACACAAGCUGAAGAAGGAAUAUCAGUCAGAGAAGAUGACAAGAAGACGCAACCAGAUGUGAUUACUGAAAAUAAUGUGGCAGGGAGUCCAAACGAUGAUAUGACUGCUGAGGGCAAUGACACGUCCCAGGAUUUACUCACUGAAACAACUGAAAUAUCACCGGGAGAAGCGAGCAGCAACGGUCCCUGUGCCUGCAUCUUCUCAAACUACAACUCCCAAGGUCCCCUCCGGCGUAAAACCCGGCCUUGCUCCCUGCCGGUGUCAGAGCUGGAGAAUGUAAUCGCCUCAGCCUGCGGUGAGCCGGAGACGCCUCGAUCCCACUACAUCCGCAUUCAUCAUCUCCUCCACAGUCUCCCCUCGGCGCAACAUCGAGCACCCAGUCAGGAGGAGGAGGACAUUGAAGAGGGAGAGAACACAAGCACAACUCAGGACAACAGCUCUACAUCACCAACACUUAAAAACUCCAAAGACACUGAGAGGGAUGGCCAGGAAGAUGAAGAUGAGAUUACCCAGUCUCCAUCCCAGGUCCCAGAGUGCCCAGGUCCAUGCUGCUGUCGCUCCCUUCCACGUAGCCUCUCCAUUGAACGCCUCUCUGAACUCAACCAGCUCCUAGAAGGUGACGGCGGAGGUGGUGUGCAUCCAACCGUCAGAAGGAUCUCUCUCUCAUACCUGGAAAGCGAAGAAGGGGAUUCCAGUAGUGGAGUUGGGAAAAGAAAUACAGGGAGCAGCCAUAGAGUGAGGGGAGAAAAUGAGUGUGAAUUUUGUGACACUUCCUGCUACAGCACCUCCUGCUACAGCACGUCAUGUUACAGCACAUCAUGCUACAGUAACUCAGGCGAAGGCAGGGGCCGCAUCUGCAGCCAUACGCGCCUCUCUUCAGUGGAAAGCAACCGUCUCUCCGGCAGCACGGUGUUCUCCUCGCAGGACGAAGAGGAGGAUGAGAGCACCUUUGAGUCAGGGCCAGAUGUAAACAACUGUCCUGAAGGCCAGGAAGUGGGUGGGGCUGGUGGAGAGAGAAGGAGCGGACGAUGGAAGGAGCCAAUGGGAGAGGAGCAUGGAAUAUCAGCUAGGGCGGAGUCGCAGAGCACGAGUAAAACAGGCUCAGGGUUCUCACCUCCCGUUGGCCAUCCUCCAGUCCUUCUUCCCAGCCUUGACCUUAACCAUUUCCCUGCUGCCACUGACCAAGCCUUACCUCCAAACUGGGAAGCACGUGUCGACAGCCACGGCAGAGUGUUCUACGUCGACCAUGUCAAUCGAACCACGACAUGGCAGAGACCGAGUCACAGUGGCAAGUGUAACCAUGGGAUUCCUCGAUCAGGAUCCAGUCAACAGAUGGAGCAACUCAACAGAAGGUACCAGAACAUCCAAAGAACCAUGGCCACUGAAGAAGAAGGCAGCAGUCAGAGGUUAGAACGGGCUCCUAGUGUAGAGACAGACUCAGAUGUUCCCCCAUCAGCAACAGGUCCAGCAUCACCUGUAAAUCAUCAGAAGAUCAGCCAGCUUCUUCAAUCACCUGCUGUCAAGUUCAUAACACAUCCAGAAUUCUUCACUAUGUUGCACAGUAACUAUUCAGCUUACCGGAUGUUCACCAGCAGCAGUUGUGUGAAGCACAUGAUCCUGAAGGUGCGCCGUGAUGCCAAAAACUUUGAGCGCUACCAACAUAACCGGGACCUGGUAGUCUUCCUCAACAAAUUUGCAGACACUCAACUAGAGUUGCCACGGGGAUGGGAGAUUAAAACAGACCCCCAGGGCAAGUCUUUCUUUGUGGAUCACAACAGUCGAGCCACCACCUUUAUAGACCCUCGAAUCCCUCUUCAAAAUGGCCGACUACCAGGCCACCUCGCACAUCGACAGCACUUGCAAAGACUACGCAGCUACAGCGCAGGAGAGGCAUCUGAUGUGUCAAGGAGUCGCGGGGCUUCUCUCAUGGCCAGACCUGCCAACAGCCUGGUUGCUGCCAUACGAAGCCAGCAUCAUGGUGACCCUCAACACUCCACUGCUGCAUCGUACAAUGACAAGAUUGUGGCAUUCCUUCGACAACCAAACAUAUUUGACAUGUUGCAGGAGCGACAACCCAACCUGAACAGAAACUAUGCACUAAGGGAAAAAAUCCAUUACAUCCGGUCUGAAGGUAGCCAGGGUGUUGAGAAGCUGUCUUGUGAUGCAGACUUGGUCAUCCUGUUAAGUCUGUUCGAAGAGGAAAUUAUGUCAUAUAUUCCACCUCACCCCAUCCAUCCUGGUUUUAGUUUCUCCCCUCGCUGUUCCCCUGGCAACUCACCACAGAACUCUCCUGGCUUGCAGAGAGCCAGGGCGCCGGCCCCUUACCGUAGAGACUUUGAGGCCAAGCUGAGAAACUUUUACCGAAAAUUAGAAGCAAAGGGCUAUGGCCAGGGACCAGGAAAGAUUAAACUCCUGAUAAGGCGAGAACACCUGCUCGAGGGCACCUUCAACCAGGUGAUGGCAUAUUCCCGCAAAGAGCUCCAGAGGAACAAACUCUACGUGACGUUUCUGGGGGAGGAGGGGUUAGAUUACAGCGGACCCUCCAGAGAGUUUUUCUUCCUUUUGUCUCAGGAGUUGUUUAAUCCUUACUACGGCCUGUUUGAAUACUCGGCCAAUGAUACAUACACUGUUCAAAUUAGCCCCAUGUCGGCGUUUGUUGAAAACCAUCUAGAAUGGUUCCGUUUCAGUGGCCGCAUACUGGGCCUGGCUUUAAUCCAUCAAUACCUCCUUGAUGCUUUCUUCACCAGACCUUUCUACAAGGCAUUACUCAGGCUGCCAACAGAUCUUUCCGAUUUGGAGUAUCUGGAUGAAGAAUUCCACCAGUCGCUUCAGUGGAUGAAAGACAAUGACAUCACAGACAUACUGGACCUCACAUUCACAGUCAAUGAGGAGGUCUUUGGCCAGGUAACCGAACGAGAGUUGAAGUCUGGCGGGUCCAACCUACAAGUGACUGAAAAGAACAAAAAGGAUUACAUUGAGCGUAUGACAAAGUGGAGGGUGGAAAGAGGGGUGGUGCAACAGACAGAGGCACUGGUCAGAGGCUUCUAUGAGGUGGUCGACUCCAGGCUGGUAUCAGUGUUUGAUGCCAGGGAGCUGGAGCUGGUUAUUGCCGGAACUGUAGAGAUUGACCUCAGUGACUGGAGAAGCAAUACAGAGUAUAGAGGAGGUUACCAUGACGGCCACAUCGUAAUGCGAUGGUUCUGGGCUGCUGUUGAGCGUUUCAACAAUGAGCAGCGUCUGCGCCUCCUCCAGUUCGUAACCGGGACAUCAAGUGUACCGUACGAAGGCUUUGCCGCCCUGCGCGGAUCGAACGGCAUGCGACGCUUCUGCAUUGAGAAGUGGGGCAAAGUGACCUCUCUACCCAGGGCCCAUACCUGUUUUAACCGUCUCGACUUGCCUCCCUAUCCUUCGUACACGAUGUUGUACGACAAGCUGCUGACGGCUGUGGAGGAAACAAGCACAUUCGGUCUGGAGUGA